AUGUCUCCCAAGCUCAUCGUUAUUCUCGGAGCCACAGGCAAUCAAGGUGGUUCCGUCGCCGAAGUCUUCCUCUCCGAGCCAGGCUGGAAGGUCCGCGCCCUCACCCGCAACACCUCCAGCGCCAAAGCCAAAGCUCUAUCUUCCAAGGGCGCUGAAGUCGUCCAAGCAGAUCUCGAUGACCCUUCUUCUUUGGAGGCAGCAUUCCAGGGGGCUCACGCUAUCUUCGCUGUCAGCGACUUCUGGGGUCUUUACUAUAACGAGUCCAACAGAUCCAAGACUAAACCUGGUCAGGCCCUCAAUGACUGGGCCGCUCAGCAUGAAGAACAGCAGCUGAAGAAUGUCAUUGACAUUGCCGCUAAAGUUCCCACUCUCGACCGCUUUAUUCUCUCCUCUCUGUCUCAUUCGGAGAAGUGGUCUAAAGGUAAAUAUACUCGUGUCUACCACUUUGAUGGCAAGGCUCGAGCGACGGAGUAUGCUCAAAGGGAGCAACCUGAUCUGUGGGCCAAGACAAGUGUCUACCAAGCUGGUCUUUUUUUAAGCAACUUUGUUCUUUUACCGCCGAAUCAGCCUUUCAAGAACGCCGAUGGAGUCGCUCACUUCGUCUCAACUCUUGACGUCGACACAAAGCUCCCCUACAUCUCCCCUGAAGAGGAUACCGGCCCCUUCGUCAAGGCACUCAUCGUUGAUGAACCUGCAGGCCACAACCUCAUCGCCUACAGAGAGUGGCUAUCUGCCAAUGACAUCGCUGCUACCUUCACAAAAGCCACUGGUGUCCCGUCAAAGGCCAUCAAGGACGACAAUUCUAUCCCCCCCGGUGUGUCUGACGAGUUGUUGGGCGAGAUGAUUGACUGUUUUUCCUACUUUAAUGAGUUUGGCUACGAGGGUCGAGAUGACCCAACUGUGGUUCAUCCUCGCAGUCUCAAGUCUGCACCAAAACUCAGCACUGCUGAGGAAUACUUCAAGAAGCAGGACUGGUCCAAGGUCUUUGGAUCUUAAGAGGAGUCCCCGAAAGGUAUUGGCUGAAUACUAUUGCAAUCACUAUAGGAGAUGGACUGUAGAUAUAGUUGUCGCAAAAAUGUUCUUGUUGCCUAUGUUAUAUCUCUAAGAGAUUAGCUAGAAUCGAAUCAUGUAUACGCC